CGAGCCCGGCGUGUCCAGCUCGGCCGCAGCCGCGCUCGGGUCCCGCCGAGCGCCGCCCGCCAGGCCGCCGCCUCGGCUUCCCCUUGCCCUUGGCCGGCGCGGAGGGGACGGGGCAAAGGAAGCCGGUGGUGUUCCCGGACGCUCGGGUUCGGAUUUUUCAGCUGAGGGGGGAACUUUAUCCCGGGUCGACGAGGAGCGACGAGCCGCCGCGGAGGAGACCGAGGAUGAGGAUGAUGCUGCUGAUGUCGCCGCGAUGUAUCGUGCUCGGGGGGCUCUGGUGAGACGCCCGGCUCCCAGAUACGCGCCCGUCUGUAAGAGGCUGUAGUGGUGCUGUUGCACGAAGGAGCUUCCCGUCUGAUUUAAACCUCAAACGGACGCUUUCUUUUUUUUUCUUUUUUUUUUUUCUUUUUUUUUUUUAAUCUUUCUCAACGGGGCUGGUUGCCUGGACGCUAAGGCCAACGAGCAUCGUGAGGGGUUUGCUUUUCUUUUGUCUUGGGGACUUCUCUGCACCUAACGAAGAGUCUGCUGCGUGUGUGGUACCCUUUCCCCUGCCCUCCAGCGUUUCGUGCAUGUGCUAUUGGAGCUGCUCCGAUCGGCGACGGCUGUGCAAGAGCCCCCGCCCGCCUCCUUCCUCCUCCUCCUGCCUUCCUCCCUUGUUCAUCGCUCUGUGUCUGGCCGGUGGUUUGGCCCCUGCGCCGACGUCCCUGCCUGGAGACUUUCUUUGGCCCCCUCGGCUUGCGACGGUCCCGCCGCGGACGCUGCGAUCCGCUCCUUACGGCUGGGUUUUCCCCUUUUGACAAGGGGCAGAAGAGGAGAAAGGAGUCGCCUCCGCCUGGGGUUUCCGGCCUUACAAUCGCAUCGGCCACUUGCGAGUCCGUGAGGGGAUUAUUCGCUCCCGCCGAGGGGCGGCUGUUGCCUCCCCCUGCGCCCCGUCGGGUCCCGUCCCGCCGCCCGGGCGCUGCGGGCGCCGCCCGCCGGUCGAAGCGCAGCCGAAAGAGCGCGGAGCGCUGGUGACCGUCCCAAGCGCGGCCCGUCCGCCUUUCCCGGCCACCUUCAGCCCUCCUUGGAACAACAGCAACAAAGGACGCCGCGGCUGGGGAAUGUCCCCGCGGCGGGGGCAGUGAGCCGCGCCUUGCCCCGCUGCUGCCCGCGGCGGCGGAGGGAAGGCGGUGGGCGGGCGUCGCCGCUCCUGUCCCCUUGGCGCACCGGGUGUGAAGCCGGGGUAGGGCGGGGAGUCUCGCCGCGAGAGCCGCGCUGCGAGGGAGACCCGCCGCGGCCGGAGCCAUGUUCCCCCAGAGCCGGCACCCCACCCCGCACCAGGCUGCGGGCCAGCCUUUCAAAUUCACCAUCCCGGAGUCGCUGGACCGCAUCAAAGAAGAGUUCCAGUUCCUCCAGGCGCAGUACCACAGCCUUAAAUUGGAAUGUGAGAAACUGGCAAGUGAAAAGACGGAAAUGCAGAGGCAUUAUGUGAUGUACUAUGAAAUGUCGUAUGGAUUAAACAUUGAAAUGCACAAACAGACAGAAAUCGCGAAGAGAUUGAAUACAAUUUGUGCACAAGUCAUCCCAUUUUUGUCUCAGGAACAUCAGCAACAAGUGGCCCAAGCUGUAGAACGUGCCAAACAAGUGACCAUGGCUGAAUUGAAUGCCAUCAUUGGGGUACGUGGCCUUCCAGGUCUACCUCCUACACAGCAGCAGUUGCAGGCUCAGCAUCUCUCCCAUGGCCAUGGACCUCCAGUGCCUCUAACACCUCAUCCAUCAGGACUUCAGCCUCCAGGAAUCCCUCCACUUGGAAGCAGUGCUGGCCUUCUUGCCCUCUCCAGUGCUUUGGGUGGGCAGUCUCACUUGGCAAUAAAAGAUGACAAGAAGCAUCACGAUGCAGACCACCACAGAGACAGAGAGCCAGGCACAAGUAAUUCUCUGUUGGUCCCCGACAGUCUACGAAGCACAGAUAAACGCAGGAAUGGCCCUGAAUAUGCCAAUGACAUCAAAAAGAGAAAGGUGGAUGAUAAGGAUUCCAGCCACUAUGACAGUGAUGGGGACAAGAGUGACGAUAACUUGGUUGUAGAUGUAUCCAAUGAGGAUCCUUCUUCCCCAAGGGCAAGUCCCACUCAUUCACCACGUGAAAACGGUAUCGAUAAAGCCCGCCUACUGAAGAAGGAUGCCUCCAGCAGUCCAGCAUCUACAGCCUCUUCAGGAAGUUCCACUUCACUCAAAUCUAAGGAAAUGGGUCUGCAUGAAAAAGCCAGCACGCCUAUUCUGAAAUCCAGCACACCAACUCCUCGAGGUGAUGUGCCAACUCCAGGCACUAGUGCAACUCCAGGACUCCGUCCAGGCCUUGGCAAACCUCCAACAAUGGACCCUCUGGUUAACCAAGCUGCUGCAGGUUUGCGGACACCUUUGGCAGUACCAGGACCAUACCCUGCUCCAUUUGGAAUGGUACCUCAUGCUGGCAUGAAUGGAGAGUUAACCAGUCCAGGGGCAGCCUAUGCCAGUCUGCACAAUAUGUCACCCCAGAUGAGUGCUGCUGCUGCUGCAGCUGCCGUGGUUGCCUAUGGAAGAUCUCCUAUGGUUGGGUUUGAUCCUCCUCCUCACAUGAGAGUACCUGGAAUCCCUCCAAAUCUAGCAGGGAUUCCUGGGGGAAAACCAGCCUACUCCUUUCAUGUUACUGCAGAUGGUCAGAUGCAGCCAGUUCCUUUCCCUCCUGAUGCCCUCAUCGGUCCGGGAAUCCCUCGCCAUGCCCGUCAGAUCAACACCCUGAACCACGGGGAAGUUGUGUGUGCAGUCACCAUCAGCAACCCCACGAGACAUGUGUACACGGGUGGGAAGGGGUGUGUCAAGGUUUGGGACAUCAGUCAGCCUGGCAACAAGAGCCCUGUCUCUCAGCUGGACUGCCUGAACAGAGAUAACUACAUCCGCUCCUGUAAAUUGCUGCCCGAUGGAUGCACCCUCAUAGUUGGCGGGGAAGCCAGCACAUUAUCCAUAUGGGACCUGGCAGCUCCAACUCCUCGUAUAAAAGCAGAGCUGACAUCCUCAGCACCUGCCUGCUAUGCUCUGGCUAUCAGCCCUGACUCCAAGGUGUGCUUUUCCUGCUGCAGUGAUGGGAACAUUGCAGUGUGGGAUCUGCACAAUCAGACAUUGGUCAGGCAAUUCCAGGGCCACACAGAUGGAGCCAGCUGUAUUGACAUUUCUAAUGAUGGUACCAAGCUCUGGACAGGAGGUUUGGAUAACACUGUCAGAUCCUGGGACUUGAGAGAAGGGAGACAGCUACAACAGCAUGACUUCACAUCACAGAUAUUUUCCCUUGGUUAUUGUCCUACUGGUGAAUGGCUAGCUGUGGGAAUGGAGAGCAGCAAUGUCGAAGUGCUACAUGUAAAUAAACCAGACAAGUAUCAACUGCACCUUCAUGAGAGCUGUGUAUUGUCACUCAAGUUUGCUUACUGUGGUAAAUGGUUUGUGAGUACUGGGAAAGAUAACCUUCUUAAUGCAUGGAGAACUCCUUAUGGAGCCAGUAUCUUCCAGUCCAAAGAAUCUUCAUCAGUGCUUAGCUGUGACAUCUCUGUGGAUGAUAAGUACAUAGUCACUGGCUCUGGAGACAAAAAGGCUACAGUCUAUGAAGUUAUCUACUGAAAAAUACGAUGGGGAUAUUCUUUUAGAGGUUGAACUGGGCCAAAAUUGUUUGUAGAAGUAGAAAGGUUUUGAAUUUUUGAAAGGAACAAAAGUGUUGAGGUUCCAGACCUUGCCAUGAAACUACUCCGAUUUUUCAAAAUAGAAGGCAACAUCCAGCAGCUAAGUAAUGGCUACGUGGACCAGACGGAACACAGAGGCAAGAUGGACAAAUGUAACCUAGGUUUUUGAUAUAAUUUUUAAAAGCCAAGUCUACUGAAGAAUGUUGGAGCCUUUUAUUUUUUCUUUUUGUGACCUCAUGCAAUUUUUUCUCAUUGCCUGAAUAUGGGGGAUAAAUACCUUUCUGUUCCUUGCAGUUCAAGUUGCAUUCUGUCCUGGGUAGAGCAGCAGUGUCUCAGAUGAACUUGUUUCCUGGUUUUGCAUCUUGUGAAAUGUUUUUGUAUUUUUGUUGAAGGUCAAACAUUUGUAUAAACUGUAAAUAUAUUUAGUUUACUACAGUAAAGGCUUUAGUACCAACAA